AACAAAAGAAAAGAAAAGGCAUAGAUGCCAUUUUGCGGUCAAAACCCAGAACCCUAAACCUAAUACCGAUCAAAUCAUCUGGCACUCUCUCUUUCCCCUCUUCCAUUUCUUCAAUGGCGGACUCUUUGAUUUCGGUUCAAUACCUCAAAGAUUUCGUCUGUUCUCAAAUCAACGACGAUGAAAAGUGGGCUUUCAAUAAGAAACUGCUGCGUGCUAUGGGAUUGUUUGCAGGAUCAAUAGUACUUAUGAGAAAUUAUGGUGACCUUAUGGCAAUAUAAGAAAGAAAAUGAGUUCUCUGUAAUAAGCUGCUACUAUCUCUGGUCUCUGCUUAAACAUUGAAAAGAGUAGUAUUAUUAUCAUUACGUAGGUUAUCUCGCUGUAGUUUGAGAAUGAGUAUAAUUAGUUUCAGGCAUUUCAUUAGCGAUUUGAUGCUAAUGUAAGUGUACUUGCUCCUUUCUCCUUGUGCUCAAAUAUUUUGGAUAUGAAAGAACUAUUUCUUGCA